UCUACCCGGACGGUAUACACCAUCGGACAGGAAGUUAAUUCAGCAUGGUUGCAGAGCUCAGAACAGUCCGUGGGGUUUUUACUGGAUGAAAUUGACUUGUUGAUGUAGUAUGGAUAACCCAACUGGAAAAUGGGAGAGUUUGCCAGUAAAACUGAACGAGAACAUUAUGCAGACUCUUGAAGAGUUGGAAUUUACACACAUGACUCCCGUCCAGUCCGCUUGCAUACCUCUCUUCAUGAAAAAUAAAGAUGUUGCUGCCGAAGCGGUGACGGGCAGUGGAAAGACUCUUGCUUUCGUGAUUCCGAUUCUGGAGAUUCUUCAGAGACGUGAGGAAAAGCUAAAGAAACUACAGGUUGGUGCACUAAUUAUCACACCCACUCGAGAACUUGCCCUACAAAUUAGUGAGGUUAUGGGACGUUUCUUGCACGGAUUUCCCCAGUUAAGACUAAUUCUUUUGAUUGGUGGCAACAAUCCUAUUGAUGAUGUGGAGAAGAUUAAGAGCCAGGGGGCAAAUAUCAUUGUGGCGACUCCGGGUCGCCUGCAAGACAUGUUCCGUAGGAAAGCAGAUGGACUAGACCUGGCCAGCUGUGUAAAAACUCUGGAUGUUCUGGUUCUGGAUGAGGCAGACCGCCUGCUUGACAUGGGCUUUGAAGCUAGCCUAAACACCAUCCUGGACUUCCUACCUAAGCAGCGGCGGACAGGGCUGUUCUCUGCCACUCAGACACAGGAACUGGAGAAGCUGGUGAGGGCGGGGCUUCGUAACCCUGUGCGAAUCACAGUCAAGGAGAAGGGCGUGGCUGACAGCAACUCUCAGAAGACCCCAUCAAGACUCAGCAACUACUACACCAUAUGCAGAGCAGAAGAUAAGUUCAACACACUGGUGACUUUCUUGAGGAAACACAAGAAUGAGAAGCAGCUGGUAUUCUUCAGCACGUGUGCCUGUGUGGAGUACUUUGGGAAAGCCCUGGAGGCUCUCGUCAAGAAAGUCCCCGUCCUCUGCAUCCAUGGCAAGAUGGACAAGAAGGACAAGCGCAGCAAAAUCUUCUCAGCAUUCCGAGAGCUGAAGAGUGGGAUUCUGGUGUGCACAGAUGUGAUGGCACGAGGCAUUGACAUCCCAGAGGUCCACUGGGUGCUGCAAUACGACCCUCCCAGCAGUGCCAGCUCUUUUGUCCAUCGCUGUGGCCGAACUGCGCGCAUUGGUAACCAUGGCAAUGCCCUCGUCUUCCUGUUGCCCAUGGAGGACACAUAUGUCAACUUCCUGUCCAUUAACCAGAAGUGCCCUUUGCAAAAAUUCCCUGCUAUAAAGAAUGUGGAUGACGUCUUGCCAAAGUUGAAGGCCCUCGCUCUCUCUGACCGUGCUAUCUAUGAGAAGGGCAUGCGAGCAUUUGUGUCUUGCAUCCAGGCGUACGUCAAACACGAGUGUAACCUCAUCUUCAGGAUCAAAGAUCUUGACUUCGCUGCUUUGGCUCGUGGAUUUGCGCUUCUCCGCAUGCCCAAGAUGCCGGAGCUGAAGGGCAAGAGUUUCCCCACCUUCUAUCGAGAGCCGAUAGACACAGACACCAUCCGAUUCAAGGACAAGAACCGGGAGAAACAUAGACAGAAGAAGCUAGCCGAACAGAAAGCGAAGCCAGAGGCACCCAGGAGAAGCUUCAUCAAGAACAAAUCCUGGUCCAAACAGACCAACAAGAAAGAAAAAAAGAAAAAGAAUGCUGCCAAGAGAAAACGGAACGAGGGAUCUGAGGAUGAAGACAUGGACGAACUCCUGAAGGAUACCCGUCUGCUCAAGAAACUGAAGAAGGGUAAAAUCAGUAAUGAGGACUUUGAUAGCCAGAUGACAGCAGGACAGGACUCGUAAUAUAGGACUAUGAGGCUGGGACACCGGUUGCACCUAAAAGAGCCCAAAGCACAGAACUCAACAGAGUGGAUGUGAGCGUUUCACCUGCGUUUUGAGCGAGCCCUGCAAUACGCAUAGCUGAGACAGCAGGUUACCUCUGUAUUUCUGAGGGUUAGAGGCGUAGUCAGGCAUAUGAUGUCCUGAUGAAUGCAAUGAAGUCAGCGUGGAAAACUAAACUUUUGCCAAAACAAACCAGUUAAAAAUAUUGGUAUCAUAAACUGUUCUGAAAUCAUCCACAACAAUAAAACAGAAUAUUAACUCCUCCUGAGCAGGUCAGGAAACGGAGUAGUUUGACAUGCCUCCAUUCCUCGCUUUCUUAUGUUAACGCUUGUCUGGAUAUUUCUCUGGUCCACCAGAGGGCAGAACUGAUGUCUGGGAUAUCCUACAGCCCUCAGGGCCUUAUACUGAAAUGUACGGACUUGAUCUGUAUUUCCAAAAUGUACAGUGUUGUUCACAAUAAAUGUUACUUUCAACAUUAUUGAGCUUUA